AUGUGCCGCGCGCCGGAGUGGCAUCAGGACGACAAGUUCUCGAUCGAGCAAGAGUGGCCCAAGGACGCCAAGUUCCCCGACAUCGUCAUCGACCAGAAGUACCCCUCGCUCUCCCAGAUCAAGGCGUGGAUCCCGGCCAGCUGCUUCGAGAAGUCGACCGCGAAGUCGAUGUAUUACUUUGUGCGCGACGCAUCGUGCAUCCUCGGCACCCAGGCCGCCAUCCUUGCGCUCUGCCGCAGCGCCGCCUUCGCCGCGCUCCCGCUGCUGGUCCAGUACGCUGCCCUCUGGCCGCUGCAGUUCGCCUCAGGCUCGCCUCUCGGCCGGGGCUCUGGCUUCUUCAUGUGGUGCAUGUUUGUUGUCGGGCACGACUGCGGCCACACGACCUUCUCCCCCUCCUCCGCCGUCAACGAGAUCAUGGGCGAGGUCUCGCAUUCCGUGCUGCUGUGCACGCCCUUCGCGCCGUGGCGCCGCUCGCACCACAGGCACCACUCGUACCACAACCACAUCAAGGAGGACUACUCGCAUAUGUGGUUCACGGAGUCGCAGCAGCACAAGAUCAUGCGCAUCCCGCACCUCGCCUUCCACUACGCCAUCCGCGUCGCCACCCCCCUCGUCAACUGGUUCCUCUACCUGUACGUCGGCCAGCCCGACGGGGGCCACUUCCUCCCGCUCUACGGCCGGCUCUGGAAAGACGCGUCUCUCGGCGACUUCCUGCGCGGCUACGCCUCCUCCGCCGUCUCCGCCGCCAGCAUGUGCCUGUGGUACCAGGUCUACGGCGACUGCGUGGUGCGCGCGUACUGCCUUCCUUGGAUGUGGUACGGCUGGUGGCUCUUCACAGUCACCUUCUUCCAGCACCACUUUGACGAGAUGUUGCUCUUCCGCGACGGCGCGUGGUCGUACGUGCGCGGCGCCUUCGAGACGAUCGAUCGGACGUACGGCUUCGGCAUCGACGACUUCCACCACAACAUCACCGACGGGCACGUCAUGCGCCGCUCCUUCCCGCCGAUGCCGCACUGCCACCGGACAGAGUGGGCGAUCCGCAUGCGCGAGGGGCUCGAGAGGGAGGGCUUCACCAACCUGUACAAGCACCGCUCCACCCCCUCCUUCGCCCUCGACAUCCACACUUUCCUCCACCGCAACUGGUUCUGGGUCAAGGACGGCAACGUGGUCUCAAAGGUUCGCAAGGCGGAGUGAGGGCGACUCGCCGCCCUGCCACGGCGGCCUCGCUCCCCUGCUCCUCGCGCUCUUCCGCAACCGCACUCCUCUCCCCUCCGCCCCCACCCCCGCCCCCGCGGUUCCGCCUCUCUCACUGAGCGUUCGAUCGCCAUGGGGCGCGCCACCCGCUUGUUGUGGCGGCCGGGGGGUUGUGCUCUGUCGAGCUCUGUGUACCGGCUACCGCGCGUGUAAGCAAAGGGGCACUCGCGCUAUGCUCGGCGGGUUAUAAAUAAGUAAAUAUUAGU